AUGCAUCCUCCCUCCGUCCACUUUGGACACUGCUUUCGAGCAGAGCCUGCCAGCUCCUUCACCCAGUUCCCUGCCGUGGGGAACUUUGGUCCAGAUAGCUUCAACUUUAGGGACCUGUCCAUGAAGAGGGCCAGGACGGACUACUUCAAUGUCAAGUCCACCCGGCCCUCGCCCACCGUCAGUCUCGCCGCUGACCUCUCCCAGAACUUCCACAUCGAUCAAAGUCCUCAAUUAGUCACGCCUCGCAGGUCGCUGUUUUCAGCUAAUCUGUUUUGCUCAGAUAAUGAAACAAUAACAACCCCACCUAUACCAUCUUCUCCUGCCCCGAGUGAUAUCAUGGAGAUGUCUCCCUUACCGCACAAGGCGCCCUUCAGCAUGGCCUUGGACCUAGAGUCUCCCACGAUGGAGCUGUCUAUGGCAAAGUCCCACCAGAACCUGUUUCUGCCAGACACUUUGCAACAGUCGCCAAUAGCGCCUAGCCGGUCCUCCACGCCAUCUGAUGCGUCAAGGACGCCCCUUGCGCAGCCGCCCCAGUUCAAGUUCCUCGCUGGUGGCAGCAAGCUCUCCACCUCCUCCUCGAUCUCGCUGGCUGAGAUUUUUGAAGAUGGUCCCGACACCCCCUCUGCACGAGACAGUACCGCUGCCGGUCGCCCCCCUGGGCCUUCACGGUCACGGCCGGCCAGGACGCUAGGCCAGGUCCCGGAGAACGGCUCCCCCAACUACGGCCCCAUCCGAAGAGGCUCCAACCCAUUCUCCCGCCCACGCAAGCUCAGCAGACGCUCCCUCAGCAUGUUCGAGCACCCAGAAGACGUGCUCAAGGAUGACAACGAUGACUCGACCAUGCACGCCAGCACUGCUCUCCAGUCUAUCACUGACAUGGAAUCUUCGGCUCCCACCUUGCAUCUACCUCAUUUCAUCCCGGAGGACCAGCCGGAUUGUCUGCCUCGGAUCGAGAAUAGCGUCCUGGUCGACAUCGUCAAUGGGAAAUACAACGAUCAGUAUGACGAAAUUAUUAUCAUAGAUUGCAGAUUUGAAUACGAAUAUGAGGGUGGCCACAUCAACGGAGCUGUCAACUACAACGACAAGGAGCAACUCGCGGACAAGCUCUUCGCCGAAGGUGGAACGAAACCAAACAGUGCGCUCAUCUUUCACUGCGAAUACUCUGCUCACCGCGCUCCUAUUAUGGCCAAAUUCAUCCGACAUCGAGAUCGAGCAGUCAAUAUUGACCAAUACCCCAAACUCACAUUCCCCGAAAUGUACAUCCUCCACGGCGGAUACAGCGGCUUCUUUGCUGAGCACAGCUCCCUCUGCUACCCCCAAAACUACGUCGAGAUGGCUUCCAAGGAACACGAGUUUGCCUGCGAGCGUGGCCUGGGCAAAGUGAAGCAACGGUCGAAGCUUUCCAGAGCUCAGACGUUUGCCUUUGGCCAACAUAACUCCAUGGAGGAUAGUCCAACAGGUCGAUGCCGUGGAGCCAGUGAUCGCAACAUUACUCUCGACAGCCCAUUGGGACGUGCUUUUUCACCCAGCCGUCUGCCAGAACGUCGCAUGUUCUCCUACUAA